GCAGGGCAGCCCGGGGGCUGUUCUGUUAAAUGCCACCCCCGGUGCUGGAGUUUGUGCACAGAGAGCUGCCGGCACCGUGUCCCGGGCUCUGCCUGCUCUGCUCGGCUCAUGCGUGCGCAGGCUGCUCCAGAGAGCGCUCCGGCCGCUGGGGGCUCCGCGGGGACCAUGGAAUUUGAACUCUGGAAACCAACCACAAAGUGAAAAAACAGCGCUUGGGCAGACAGAGCUGAGAUGGAUGAUGAGAGAACAAAUCAAAAUGCCAGCAAAUUGCAAGGAGCUGGAGGCCAGGCAUGUGCAGCGUCUCCAUCAAACCCGCUGAUGAGGGACUUUGUUUCAGACUGGUCUCCUUUACAUGAGGCCUCUAUCCAUGGGCGUCUGCUUUCUCUGAAGAAGCUCAUUGAACAGGGGAAUGAUGUCAAUCUUGUUACAGCAGACCAGGUGUCUCCCCUCCAUGAAGCCUGCCUAGGGGGUCAUGCUGCCUGUGCCAGUGUCCUGUUAAAACAUGGUGCUCUGGUGAAUGGAGUCACUCUUGACUGGCACACACCGUUGUUCAACACAUGUGUCAGUGGCAGUGUGGCAUGCUUGAAUUUACUGCUGGAGCAUGGAGCCAGCCUGCAGCCUCCCUGUGACCUGGCAUCCCCCAUCCACGAGGCUGCUAAGAGAGGUCAUGUGCAGUGUGUCGAGCUCCUUGCAUCCCGUGGGGUAAAUAUAGAUCACAACAUCAAGCACCUGGGUACUCCUCUUUAUGUAGCGUGUGAGAACCAGCAACUGAACUGUGCCAGGAAGCUGCUUGAGUCAGGAGCAAAUGUGAACAGCGGCAAGGGCCUGGACUCCCCUCUGCACACGGCUGCCAGGAAUUGCAGUGUGGAGCUGGUGAAGCUGCUGAUUGACUUUGGAGCAGAUGUUUGGGUGAAGAACGCUGAAAACAAGAGGCCAGUGGAGCUGGUCCCACCUGGCUGCCCUGUGGGCCAGCUGUUCCUGCAGAGAGAAGGACCAGCCCAGAGCAGGUGUAGUGCAUUUCUGACCACUCUGCUCACUUGGCUGCUCCCCCUGGGGUAUCAGCUGCCUGACUCUUGUAGGAGCAAGGAUACCGAGACUCCAGCUCUUCUUCCCAUUGCCCUGUUUCCUUUUGAGUUCUAAACCAAAGUGCAUCUGUAUCACCUGGGAGCAGCAGCAAGCCCAGUUCCCUGAGGGCCUUCCAUGUCACCCCGAGCUGAAGAGGCAGCACACAUUUGGGUGCUCCUGGAGAUCCUUUUCCACUUUGCUGUGGAGACUCUGUAAGAGUGGGCUGGGAGUGCAAAUGCUGAUGACAUUGCUAACACCAGCAAUGAGAGAUACAUUGUCCUCAUCUCAGAAGUGGAGAGACUGCCAGCUUUCAAGUGUAUGAAAGCUGAUUUUGGUGUUUGCCAGUGUGCCAGUGGGAGCAGAGCCAGCCUGCCUUGUGCAAGUGGAGGAGAGAUCAAAUGCUGGUAUUUGAUGUAAAUCACAGUUCAAGUCCUUGUCUGCACAACAUGACUGCUGGCUAUAGGUAUCCAGUGUGAUGAUUCGGUUCCUUUGUGCUGACCAAACACAGCACAGUUCUCUUGGGUUUUUGGGACACCAAAUUGUACCCUAAUGGGACAAAACACUUAUCUGACCCAGUUCAUCACACAUCUUUGAGCCUUGUAAAAAAUAACUGGCUGGUUCAAAAUGGCUUUCUAUAUUGUUGCCCUCAUGCCCAGGAAGAAAAGGAGAUACCUGUCUUCACAGAGGUUGAAUAAAAGCAGGUAUCUGGGAUAGGAAAGGUAUCUUCUUCUAAAAUCAGUGUCUUAGUUAAGCUGAAUCUGCAUUGAACAGACAAGGAAUGGACAAUGAACCUGGUGCUUAACUUUUGGACAUUAAUGUGUGAAGAAUCCCUGCUUUGGUGACAGAGUGGAAAGCUGGAGAUCCAAUCUCAUUGUAUUCUACAUGAUGAAACAUUUUUGUACAUACUAUUUUUUCUUUUGCUUGUAGGCAUCUUAUUUUGUAACUUCAGCCAGUGGGUUUAUAUAGGAGUAAUGAUAAUACCUGGAGAAAAUUGCUCUGAGAACCAGGUGAGCGUGUUACUUCUAGUUUGCUUUCCUUAUAAAAAUUUUAUGGUAUGACUGUUUACUUGAAUUUCUUUGCCCAGAUGUAAUUAGGAUGAAUUCUUUAUGCUCAGCUUGUAUCAUCUCAGUGUGUUUACUUAUUUAUUUUCAAAAAAAUUUUGUUCAACACUGGUGAAUUACAGCUUUAUGCAUCAACACUUACCCAGUUAUAAACUGUAGAAGUACAAGAUGCAAACUGAAUAAGCUCAUUAUAAGUGAGGUUUGGAUUUUUUCCUAUAUUUGAAACCAUUCAAACUGUAAUGCAGGACUUAAAUGAUUGUCAGAAAUAUAUUUUAUCAGAUUCUUUCCUAUUUUUAUGUUAACAGUUUAAUGGCAGU